GAACAGAUCGAUCGGCUCUCCAAAGAGGAGAUUGGUAAACUAACUCAGAUCAUCCAGCAGAAAGAUUUGGAGAUUCAGGGUCUUUCCAGCAGGAUCUCUGCGGCUUCUCACAGCCAGAACGGGGACGUGGAGCGACUUCAGCGGCAAUUGCAAGAGUAUGCUGGGAAAAGCGAACAGGUCUUGGCUGCCUUAAACGAGAAAAGGAGGGAGAACAGCGAUCUGAAGACAGAAUAUGACAAAAUGGCAGAUAGAAUUACUGUCACAGGAGCAGACCUCCAGAGAAUGCAAGAGGAAAAUCAAAAACUGUCCACUAGAAUUGAGAGUAGUGGUCAGGAGAUAUUUAGAGAAAGGAUUCAGAAUUUAUCACACAUUAUUCGAGAAAAAGACCUCGAAGUGGAUGCGUUAAGUCAGAAAUGUCAGACUUUAUUGACACUCCUGCAAUCAUCCAGCACUGGUAAUGAGGUUCGAGGAACUAAUAUGGAUCAGUUGAAGCAGCUUCUCCAGGAACGGGACACAUUAAAACAGCGAGUGAAGAUCAUGGAAGAGUGGAAACAGCAGGUGAUGACUGCAGUCCAAGAUAUGAAGCGUAAGUCACCCCAGCUUCAGAGAGAUCUGGCACAACUCCAGGCGCGGGCUUUCACCAGCAGCGAGAAGGAUUCUGAACUCCAGACGACCUCUAGUGACCUGAUCGAACCGUACAAAGGCAAUGAAAUACAUUUACAACAUUUAGAGAAGGAACUGGCACAAAUGCAGCUCAGCAACGGGGAGCUUUGCAAUGCCAAGGAUCUCCUUCUAGGGAAACUGGACGUGAUUUUCCUCCAGCCCUCCACCGACUCCUCGGAGUCAGCGGACUCUCUGGAGGCCAUGAAAUCUGAGAGGAAUGAGGCUUCUCAGUUGCUCCAAGAGGAGGUAGAAGAGCUACGAAAAUCAAUGCAAGAAAAAGAUACAAUGAUUCGAACCCUCCAGGAAGAUAAGCAGAGAUGGAUUGAUUCAGUGGCUGCCACGUGGGAAGGAGAAGGCCAACGGCAGGAACACAGGGAUUCCGACAUCGAGCAGCUGAAGGAGAAACAGGUCGUUCUACAUAACUUCAUUCAGGAUCAGGAG